CUGACUGCAUAGACGUACGCUAGUGUAAGAAUUCGCGUUGGUUAACCCUUGUGUGCGCACCCGAGUACCCCGGGUACUCCACCAUUUUUGCAUGAAGGGAUUAACAACAUUGUGGUAAAGUUGGGUGCGUACACAAGGGUUAAAGCAGAAAAUAGUUGCGGCUAGACGACCAGCUAAACUUCACUAACAUGCACGAAAAUUCAGAAAAAGGCUUGUAUCGCAGACCUUUCCUUAUGAUUUGUCAGCGAGGAUCAUGGCAUAAGGAGGGAGGGGAGGAGGACUCACAGUGUGAUCGUGAGGACUAUCUGACUGUGCAUAGACGCACCCUGGUGUAGGCGUCCGCGUUGGUUCACUGUCAAGCAGAGGGUAGUUGCGGCUAGACGCACCAACAUGUACGAGAACUCAGGAAAAGACCGCAAACGUUCUUUCUUCAUGAUGUGUCAGCGGGGAUUAUGGCGCAAGGAUAAAAAAACCCUUGAAGUGGAAAGGGAAAGGUCUCCAGACGAAUCACCAGUUUCUGGAGAGGACGAGUGUGUCACAUGCAUGAGUGCAAAAGCGAUAAUGCGAUAUGUACCUUGUAAUCAUUGUCCGGUCUGCAGAUUAUGUUUCUUCAGGAUCGUACAAGUGGCAGUAUCUCAAAUGCGACUGCCUAUGAAAUGCAUGAUGUGCAGGGCGGAUAUAUUAGGAGUGAGGCCGGAAAUUCCGCAGCCUGAUAUUGUAGUGAGUAAAGAUAAUUAUAUGCCAAAUAGAUCCUGGUUAUUCCCACAAAGCGCGUCAGAGUACAACAUAGACCCAAGCAAGUAUUCUGCUGCAUGCGGAGAGUCUGGGUUUAGGCGUACCAGAAGUGUCCCGGCUUCCGCUUCUUCAUAUUCGAUGGCCAGUACUUCAUCUUCCGUUUCUGGUGCAUCUUCCGUUUUGUCGGCAACUUCUUCUACCAGUACCUCUUUCAACAAACCGACGAGGGCAACAAGAGUGACGAGGGUACAGCAACCUACAGGCGUCAUUCUUAGGCGUUCCCAGAAGCAGGAACACCAUGAUCUUAUUCAACAAAUUCCUGAAGAAGCGAGCUCGCAGGAGAAUCGAGAACGCCGAUUGCCACCAAUUAAAGAGUUCCAGAGAGAAUACCGUGCUGGAAAAGCCUCUGCUAGAAUCAGAUGUGCUCAAAAGAUUGUGACGCAGCUGGAUGUAUCGACAAACCCAAGAGGUACAUCCACUAGUACAUCGUUAGCAUCGUCGUCAUUGUCAUGCAACCGUGCCGUCUACAAUGCGUCUACUAAACGACCAUUGACAAUGCCGAAGAAGAUGUCGGUGGUUCAAGAGGUACAAAAGGCGAAGAAAGAAAAAAAACUAAGGAAGGAGAAAGAAAAAGCAGAGAAGAUACGACAAAAGGAAGAAAAGAAGGCAGAAAACAUUAAGCAAAAGGAAGCAAAAAAACUGGCUAAAGAAGAGGAAAAGAAAGAGGCAAAAACGCGACAAAAAGAAACGGAGAACAUUCCACUUUUAAAGGACUAAAAUUCAGGGAGACAUUAUAUUAGGUGUACACCUAUGAAAUGCGGAUUUUCGUAACAAGUGGCGUCACACAUACGUUCAUAAGCGUUGUGAUUUGACAUAUACAGGGUGUUCCUGGGUUAAAUGGCCAAAUUUGAAAUACGCAUUUAGGACCUC